AUGGCGGGUUCGCGUCUGUCCAAGUUCCUGCUGUACAACAUCAUGGUGCGAGGCUUUGGGCUCGAAGUACUAGACGUGGGGCCGCCACGAACUGGAACCCAGUCCAUCGCCGAUGCCCUCACAAAGCUUGGCUUGAACGUGCUGCACUCUGGCUUCAUGCAAUCCUCCCGCCCUGUGGCUUGCCGUCACUUGUAUGCAAACGGGACCAACGAGAGCAUGAUAGAACUCUUCGAGGGCUAUGAUGCUGCGGCGGAUGAGCCCUUGUUUUUGGAGUACGAGUUCGUAAGAGACACGUAUCCCAAUUCCAAAUUUGUGCUACCUCUGGAACCAAUGGAGAAGUGGUGGAACUCAACGAAACACUACUGGAAUUCAAUGUACUUCAGAUACGAGCGCAACAAGAUACGCGGCCUGAAAGUGAAGCGCGAGAAACAGGAGCUCGAAGCUUGGCUUGAUGGGUUCUGGACCGGCCAUUUCGGGGCAACUUUUGCGAAUGACAAGUGCGUCGCUGUUCGAUAUUGGGGCUGCCGUUUUGACAGGCUCCACGGAAUGAGUGACGAUGAGAGGAAGAAUUGCCAGAGUGGGUACGAAGCUCAUGUGGCACAUGUUAAACAAGUCAUUCCGCCUGAGAGGCUGCUGAUUUUCAAUUUAAGUGAUGGCUGGCGCCCACUUUGUCAGUUUCUGGGGAAACCUGUUCCGAAUGAGCCAUUUCCCCAUGAUGAUUUUAUUGGAAUCUAUGAUGAACAAGCUGAGCUGAAUGAGGCCGGAACCACCCUGUUGCAAGUUGAUAUAGAGCCCACCUGGACAGAAGAGCUGUAG